AUGUCCGGUUACGCCUACGACGGACCCUCGUCUUCGUCCGCACCACCGCCGCCCUACUCCGUGACCGCAUCCGCCUCCGGCUCCGGUCACUUUGGCUCCACGUCCUCGACACAGUUCCCGCCCCCACCUACCGCCGCCGUCGCCGGUCCGUCUUCGGGCUACCCUUCCUCCUCCUCCGCCGCCGACGGUCUCGGCAUCGUGGAUUCCAAGUGGCGCCUCGCCGAUCCUAGGUCCUCGUCGGCUCACUCGCUUGCCCCAUCCACAAAGGACCGCGACGGCGUCAUCCGCCGGACCCUCCUCGUCAUCUACAUCCACGGCUUCUACGGUAACGAGUCGUCCUUUCGCUCGUUCCCCGCACACGUUCACAAUCACCUCAAGGAGGCUCUCGCCGAGACGCACGUCGUCCACUCCAAAAUUUACCCACGCUAUAAGACGUACAAGGCCAUCGAUGUGGCUCGCGACAAUUUUAGCCAGUGGCUGGAGCCGCACGAGUCCGACUCGACUGAUGUCAUCCUCGUCGGACACUCAAUGGGAGGAUUGCUCGCGGCCGAGGUUGCCAUGAUGCCUAACCGGCACCCAUAUAGGCGCCACCCGUACAAGCAUCGCAUCCUCGGCACCAUCUCACUGGAUUCGCCGUUCCUUGGGCUUCACCCCGGCAUCAUUGUCGCCGGCAUCUCCAGCUUAUUCAGGCCAGCCUCCCCAACGGAGGAGAAGCCAGAGCAAGAUGCCCUCAACCAGCUGAGCCCUACCAACUCGGCCCUGACCAGUCCCAACCCGUCCAUGUACACCCUGGAGACGACGAGCUCACUGGGUGCAGACCUCUCGCCACACCCGAGCAACACGCCUUCCAUGUCCUCGAGCAAUGCACCGCCGCAGCGACCGGAUCCUACAUUUAACCCAUCCUUCUUCAACGAUGUGAACCUCAAAGAUCGUACCUUCAUGAGGCGACUGGGUCACUUUGCAAAGAAGCACAGCCGCGAGGGCAUCUGGGACGCUACCAAGAACCACGUCAUGUCGCAUCUCGAGUACGGCGGCUGCUUGGCGGAUUAUCCCGGCCUGAACGCCCGAUACAACAAGCUCCGCGCCAUGGAGAGCGUUGACCCGCUGCAGCACAUGGGCGACGGCAACAGCUACGGCAACAACGUCGACCGGCCGACUCCGGUCCGGGUCCGCUUCAUCAACUAUUACACACUCAGCUCGGGCAGACCCAAGAAGCCAAAGACGCCAGACUCGCCAAAGUCCCCCGCCGAGUCACCAACGUCUCCCGAGCAUCGCGCGGCCCCGAGUACGUUACAGGUCGGCUCUCAUCUUUCUCCGCCGUCUUCGUCGACUCCUAGGAUCUCUCUGUCGUCUGAUGAUGGGCAGGAAAUGGAACUGCUCGAGCCGAUCCCGAUGGAUGACAUUGACGAGCGGCUUUCGACGCUCCACGAGGAACAGCAGGCAGGGUUUGACCACGAUUCAAAGGCAGGCUCGCACUCGACCGAUGCGCUCGACAAGGAAAUACGCGAACCAAAGGGUAAGGAGAAGGAAGGCGAUGUUGACUCACAUGAGACACCCAAUGCCGACGCCCAAAUCGAAGAAAGCGUGCCUGCCUCAACUUCUUCAACCACGGCCGCCGACGAGACGGAGAAGAGUCUCGAGGCCGGGGCAGCGUCACCCAUGGGAGACGUGAUACCCGAAGCAGAAUUACCACCCAUCCCCGACCUCCCCGAACAGCCGACGCCUCCGGAUCUAGAUAGGUACACGGACAAGGACGCCCGGAAGCAAGCCGAAAAGGAAGGCAAGCGCGCACAAAAGGCGUAUGAGUCCGCUGUCAAGAGCCGCGAUAAGGCCAUCAAGGAGCGCCAGAAGCUUGUCGAGAAGCGCCGCAAAAAGGUGGAAAAGGAAGCUGCCAAGGAAGCGCAGAGGAUCGAGAAGGAAACCCUGAAGUUGCAAAAGGAAGAACAGAAACGGCGGCAACAGGAAGAAGAGGCAGCUCGAAAAGAGGCGGCUGAAGAGACGCACGAUCAGAAGGAGGCAAGGAGGCUGGCGGAGGAGGCGAAGAGGAUGGAGAGGGAGGGUAGGAGGUUACGCGGGGAGCCGCUUGAUAGUGACGCCGAGGAUGACGAUGAGAAGACGAAGAAGAAGUCUGCGGAGGUUGAGGCCGAAAUGGCGGCGACUGUCAUUGCCGGCGCCGCGGCCGCGGUCAAGGAUCGGCCGCCCGCUGUCGCCGCACCAUCUUCGUCCACGGCAUCAGUCAACACGACGCAGACGGGAGCCGCUACCAACAACACGACGAUCCCGAGCCGCCCCAAGGCCGUCGCCGCACACUCCAGCUCCAACUCCCACUCCCACGCCAAAGCUAAUGCCAAAUCCAACGCCAAAUCGGACAAACCCAAAAAGGAGCGGAAAUUCUGCACCCUACCCAGCAAGAAGAACGGCAAGCGCGACGAGACGUGGGUAUCGGUGUACAUGGAGGGCAUGGAUGAGGUCGGCGCCCACUGCGGCCUCUUUCUUCCAGGCCCGCACUACGACACGCUCAUCGGCGACGUCGGGGAGCGCAUCGUCGCGUGGGUGCAGGAUGACUUGAGCGUCAGGGCGAUACUGGAGAUGCCUUGA